UGUAGCCAAAAUUUCAUAAUUCCAACAGCAUCCAUACAGUUGCGUCUCUAGUCCUUUGAUUCCGGAGCCUUUCUACCUUACUUUACAUUAUGAGCGAGACGAAUCUAUCCUGUUUUCUCUAUGGUCCCGAAGACGCUCGCUUCGGUGAGAGGCCAAUCCCUCGGAUUGAAGAUCCGAGGGAUGUAAUUGUGAAGAUUGCAUACACAGGUGUUUGUGGUAGCGAUGUUCAUUUCUGGACAGAAGGCGGCUUUGCAAGAAAAGUCUCUGAGGAGCAUCCUCUGGUGAUGGGUCAUGAAGCUUCCGGAAUCAUCUACAAAGCUGGCCCAGCGGUUUCGAACCUCAAGCCUGGUGACCGCGUGGCUAUUGAACCGGGCUUCUCUUGUAAGAGUUGCACAUACUGCAAGUCCGGACGAUACAAUCUCUGCCAGAAGAUGAAGUUCGCUGCGGAUCCCCCGUCGACACACGGAACGCUUUCUCAAUAUUUCAAGAUCCCAGAGGACUUCGCAUAUAGGAUUUCCGACUCUACCAGCCUGGAAGAGGCUGUUCUAGUGGAACCUUUAAGUGUCGCUGUCCAUGGUAUUCGUCUCGCCGAUGUACGGCCUGGCCAUAGAGUCAUAGUCCAAGGAGCGGGGGCUGUGGGCUAUCUGACGGCGGCAACAGCGUGGGCCUAUGGAGCCAAGCAGGUUGUCAUCACCGAUAUCAACGCGAACAAACUUGAGUUUGCACAAAAAGGUCUCAAUUGCCAAACCUUUGAGCCCCAUUUGAGUUCAACUUCAACAACUGAACAGGAAGCUGCUAGGUUGAAACAAGAGACUGGCCUUGUUGAUGGCGCUGACGUUGUGUUGGAAUGCACCGGAGUCGAAUCAUCAGCACAACUUGGUAUCUAUGCUUUGAGACGCGGAGGUGUUUUUGUCCAAAUAGGACUUGGGAAAGCUAUGCAGAAUUUGCCUCUCCAUGCCAUGUGCGAGAGAGAAAUGGUAUUAAAAACCUCGUUUCGAUAUGGUCCUGGGGAUUUUGAAAUUGCACUUGGGCUUCUUGAAUCCGGAAAGGUGUCGGUUUCGUCUCUGAUCAGUAGCAUUACUCCCUUCAAUCAAGCUCCGGAAGCGUGGAAGAAAACUAUGAAUGGCGAGGGUAUCAAGAAUCUGAUUGAAGGGGUUCAGGAUUGAGACGGAUGCUCAGGAACCACUGUCAAGUUCGAUAUCUGGAUACAGCAACUACUUGGAGCCUAUCAUUGCGUGUGCUUUAACUAUAUCCGAGUAGAAGAAAAGAGUACCAGUUUGGGUGUCAGUCAAGUGC